AUGGAGGACUCAGAAUUGAAGGCUUGCAAGAUCUCUUCAUCUAGCACAAAAGAUGACCAGGAUGGGACAUUUGUCUCCAAUGAGACAACCCCCAAGAUCAAGGAUGAUCCAAAUCUCUUCACCACAACUCCAGUGAAGCUCACCAGAGUCAGAAAGGACUUUACCUUUGAAAAAUGCAAGCUCAGUAAUAGUCACUUCUUUGGAGAUGCAGAUUCCAUUUGGCCCCCCCGCUAG